CAAGCAUCAGAGACAAUGAGCGAGGAGUACAGAUCCCCACAGGAGACUAUAUUUUGUUAUACAUGGGAAGCAAUUGAUACAGACAGACAGGUGCUUUAUAAAAUAAACUUCUGUGACCCUAUUGAAGAGUGUGAAGGAUCAAGUGCAGUUUGUGCAUACGAUCUGAAUAAAAAGACCUAUCUGUCAGUAGGUGACUCAUCUCUGAGAGAAAGCUCUAAAACACUUUUAGAGUUCAACACUACAAGGACCUGCUCACAAGAAGGCACUGAACACACGAUACAAAGCAACAUUAACUUCCUUUGUGGGAAGACUCUGGGAACCCCUGAAUUUGUGACUGCAACUGAGUGUGUGCACUACUUUGAAUGGAGGACCUUUGUUGCUUGCAAGAAGGACUUAUUUAAAGCUAAAAAAGAGGUACCUUGCUAUGUUUUUGAUGGCCCUUGGAAGAAACAUGACUUGAAUCCACUGAUCAAGAUUUCAGGGAGCUACUUGGUGGAUGACUCGGAUGAUGAUUCUUUGUAUAUUAAUGUCUGCAGAGACAUAGAAAGCUCAGAUGAUGAGACCAGAAGAUGCCCUGAAGGUAGUGCUGCUUGUUUGUUGAAGGAAGGCCAUGCGUUUGAUGUUGGCCGGCCCAAAGAACAACUGAAACUGCUUGGCAAAGACAGGCUUGUGCUGAGUUAUGAGAAAGUAUACAGUGAAGAAGAGAUCCCAGACUUCUGUUUGGGCCAUAACCCAGCAGUGACUAUUACUUUUGUGUGCCCAUCCAAAAGAGGGGGAGAGAGCACAAGCCCCAAACUCACUGCCAAAAUCAACUGCCGGUAUGAAAUUGAAUGGGUUACAGAGUAUGCCUGUCACCGGGAUUACCUGGAGAGUAGAAACUGUAGUCUCACCAAUGAACAGCAUGAUAUCUCCAUUGACUUGACGCCACUUACUCAGCCUCCAGGUUAUGUCACACCUUAUAUGGCCAAAGAUGAGAGACAAGAGUAUUACUAUUACUUGAAUAUAUGUGGGAAAACCACUGCAGGAAACUGCCGGGAUAAUGGAGGAUAUGUUUCAUCUUGCCAAGUGAAAUCUAGUAAUUACCAACAAAAAGUAGCAGGAAAAUUUGAGAACCAAUCUGUUAGGUAUUCAGAUGGGGACCUCACUUUGACUUAUCCAAAUGGUGAUGCAUGCAGCUCUGGCUUUCAGCGGAUGACCGUUAUAAACUUUGAAUGCAAUGAAACAGCAAGUAAUGAUGGUAAAGGGGCUCCAGUGUUCACUGGUGAAGUGGACUGCACAUAUUUCUUCACCUGGGAUACGAAAUAUGCCUGUGUAAAAGAGAAGGAAGAUAUCCUUUGCAGAGUUGCUGAUAAGAAGAAACGGUAUGACUUGUCACCUCUCACUCGCAGUUCAGAAUCAGCCCAGAAUUGGGAAGCUGUGGAUAGCAGUCUUACAGAAGCAGAGAAGAAACGCUACUACAUCAAUGUCUGUCAUAAAGUGCUUAAGAAGGGGGGAGCACUUGGCUGCCCAGAUGAUGCGGCUAUCUGCUCUGUUGAUAAACAAAACAAGGCUAAAAAUCUUGGGACAUUUAUGUCAUCUCCCCAAAAAGUUGGAGAGAGUAUUCAGCUUGUUUAUCAGAAUGGCGACAGCUGUUUGAGUGACAAGAAAAUCAAAACUGUCAUAGCGCUUGUGUGCAAGCCAGGUGAUCUAGAAAGUGCUCCUGUUCUAAUAUCUGAAAAUGAUGAUGAAUGUUUGUAUGAAUUUGAGUGGCAUACUGCUGCUGCCUGUGUCCUAUCCAAAACGGAAGGAGACAACUGCAGAGUCUCUGAUUCUCAGGCUGGAUUUUCUUUUGACUUGUCACCAUUGACCAAAAAAAGUGGGAGCUAUAUUGUUCAUGCCCCUGAUUAUGACUUCUACAUAAAUAUUUGUGACAGUGUACCACAGGAAUCAUGUCCAGGAGAAUCUGCAGCAUGUCAGGUAUCAAAAAGCAACCAUGGUGCAUGGAGUCUUGGAGCGCUCAGUUCCAAACUUUCAUAUUACGAUGGAAUGAUUCAGCUGACCUACAAAAAUGGUACACCUUACAACAAUGAGAACCAGACUCCACGUUCUACCCUUAUAACUUUUCUGUGUGAUCGUGAAGCUGGAAUAGGUCAACCUGAAUACCAGAAAGAAGACAGUUACACAUACAACUUUAAGUGGUACACUGAACAUGCCUGUCCAGAGAUGCCAUUAGAGUGCAUUGUUACUGAUCCCACCACCAUGCAACAAUAUGAUUUGUCAAGACUAUCAAAAUCUGAAAAAAGAGGUGAAAACUGGUAUGCCAUGGAUAACUCUGAGCCAAACCAACGCAGGAAAUACUACAUAAAUAUCUGUCGGCCCUUAAUUCCAGUUCCAGGAUGUGAUCGACAUGCAUCAGUCUGUCAAAUGAAGUAUGAAAGAGAUUAUGAUUCUAUUUCUGAAGUCCCUUCCAUUAGUAACCUGGGAGUUGCUAGCAAAGGACUCGUAAUUGAAAGACCUGGUCGAGUUCUUUUAACCUACACAGGUGGUUCUGUGUGCAUCAAUGCUGAUGGACGGAAUAUCUCCUAUACAACUGUAAUCCAUUUCACCUGCUCCGAAGGCACUCUUGGUAGCAGCCCAAGGUUUAUUGAUGACCGAGAAUGUGUGAUCACCUUCCUGUGGGAAACAGAAGCUGCAUGUCCAGUUAAAACAACGAGAGAUGAAACUCAGUCCUGUUCUGUGAGAGAUCCAAACAGUGGCUUUCUAUUCAACCUGCAACCUCUAGCUUCAGAAAAAGGAUAUAAAGCCAUUGGAACUGGGAAGAGCUACAUGCUAAAUAUUUGUGGGCCAGCACCGGAUUGUGGUAAUAUCAAUGGAAAACCAGCUGCUGGAUGUGAAACAGAUCUAAAAUCAGUAAGGACAGUGGAAUUGGAUAAAACCCUUCGCCUGUCUACUGAAGGACUUCUCACUCUCACCUACAAAGGCCCUCUUGUUGCAGCAUCAGGAACUUCAGAUACAUUCACAAUAACUUUCAUUUGUAACGACUCCUACCCUGGAGAACUCAGAUUUGUACGUGAAGAAACUAGCACUUCGAAAAUCCACCAUACUUUCUUUGAGUUCUACACAGCCUUAGCCUGUACCCCUGCUCCAGUAGACUGUCAGGUUACUGAUCUUGCUGGCAAUGAGUAUGAUCUAAGUGACUUGAGCAAGGAACAUGAGCCUUGGGUUGCUGUAGAUACUUCAAAAAAUGCAAAAACAAGAACGUUCUAUUUGAAUGUUUGCAAGCCUUUACCUUAUGGGCCUGGAUGUCCUGGGGGAGCAGUAGGCUCCUGUGUAAAGUAUGCUGAUAGAAGCCAGAACCUUGGUAUUAUUCAGAUAAGUCCUCAGGUUACCACUGGUGAAUCUCUUAGUAUUAUUUACUUAAAUGGUGACAUAUGCAAAGAUAAGCAGCGGUAUUCUACGCGGAUCAUCUUUCAGUGCGACCAAACCAUAGGAUCGCCAGUAUUUGAGGAAGAGGACGGAUGUGAAUUUGUAUUUAUCUGGAGAACUCUGGCUGCCUGUCCCCUUCACAGAGCAGAAGGUGAUAAAUGUCAGGUGACAGAUCCAAGAUAUGGUUAUGUAUACAAUCUGAAACCUCUUUCUGUGAAGGAUAUGAAAGUGAGCACAGAUGAAUAUGACUACUAUUUCAGAGUCUGUGGCACAAUAGCAGAACCAUGCAAGUCAGUGGAUCAUACAGUAUCCUCAUGCCAAGUAAAGAAGACAAACUCAACUUCUAGAAAAAUAGCAGGAUUGUACAAUGAAAAGCUGACAUUUGAAAAUGGACUAAUAAAGAUUAACUACACCAGUGGGGAGAGAUGCCACAAAAUAUAUGAGCGAUCAACUACUAUAUUGUUCUACUGUGACAACAGUGCUCUGGAGCCCAUGUUUCUGAAGGAAACUCCAGACUGCACCUACUUAUUUGAAUGGCACACCCCGUAUGCUUGCCUGCCCUUGAGAUCUGUAGAGUGCUACUACAAAGACAGUGAAGGAAACUCAUUUGAUCUUUCAUCUCUGACACGGCAUAGAGAGAACUGGGAAGCUAUUUCCAUGUUUGGUUCUGCACAGAGAUACUAUAUUAAUGUCUGCAAGUCCUUAGUGACACAUGGAGGUGCAGGUUCCUGUCCAUUAAAUGCUGCUGCCUGCCUGGUGGAUGGUUCCAGUUAUAUCAAUAUAGGGGAGGUCACUGAAGGACCACGAUGGGAAAAUGGCAUUACUGUUCUCAAGUAUGUUAAUGGGGAUAAGUGCCCAGACAAGAUUCGCAAGAAGAUGACAAUACUGCGCCUCAAGUGUGAGGAAAGUAAAGUUGAAUCUAAACCAGAGCUGGUAACUGCGCUGGAAGACUGUGAAUAUACUUUCUUGUGGUUCACUGCUGCUGCAUGUCCUUUGACAAACAACAUGAACAAUGAUUGUAGAGUAACAAACCCAGUCACAGGCCACCUGUUUGACCUGAAUUCUUUGAAGAGGGAAGCUGGCUACACUCUCUAUGACAACAAGAGCAGAAAAACUGUUCAGUUGGGUAUUUGUGAUGAAGUUAAAAGCUCAUGUGGUACUGGGGUUGGUGUCUGCAUUAGUGAUGGUCAGAAACAUAUUAUUGCUGGAAGACGGAGCAAAAUGUUAACCUAUCAGGAUCAAGUACUGAAACUGGUCUAUGAAGGGGGAGAUCCUUGUCCAGCGAAUUCUGCAUUGAAACACAGAAGUCACUUUAGCUUUGUGUGCAAAUCGGAUGCUGGAGAUGGUCAGCCUGUUCUCUUAUCUUUUGAUGAACAGACCUGCACACACUACUUUUCCUGGCAUACUUCUCUAGCUUGUGAAGAGGAGGUGAAAUGCUCGGUGUUGAAUGGCAGCUCAGUUAUUGACCUCUCCCCUUUGAUCCAUCGAACGGGUUAUUAUGAGGCAUUUGAUGAUGAUGAUCUAACUGACCUCACUCCAGACUUCUACAUUAAUAUUUGUGAGCCCCUCAAUCCAAUCAAUGAUGUCAACUGCCCUCCUGGGGCAGCAGUCUGCAUGGUUCCUGUUACUGGUCCUCCUAUAGACAUUGGUCACAUCACUGAACCUCCUACUCUAAAUCCUGCAACAAAUGAAGUCCAUAUUACUUUUAACAGUACCACGCCUUGUCCAGCAGACAGAAAGCUCAACUAUACUUCCCUUAUAGUCUUCCAGUGUGAAAGAGGAAUAGCUCUGGGGAAGCCAAAGAUGAUAAGAAGGCUUGACUGCAGCUUUGUGUUUGAGUGGGGCACUCCGUUGGUGUGUCCCGAUCAAGUGAAAACUUCAGGCUGUUCUGUGACUGAUGAGCAGUUGCACUACACUUUUGACUUGUCCAGCCUUUCUAAAAACACAUACAAGAUCUUGUCUGGCUCCAACAGUUACCAUGUUGGCGUGUGCGCUAAAGCAGUAGAUGUACCGCAGGGAAAAUGCAAAGACGGGGCAGUAUGCCUGGUGUCUGAAAACAGUGCUGCUUCCUUUGGAAACGUCAAAGAAAUGAAAAUGGAUUACAGGCAUCAGGAUGAAACUGUCAUUCUGCAGUACACAAGGGGCGAUCAGUGCCCUCCAGUGACCGAAAAGGGUGAACUUUGUGUCUUCCCCUUCAAGUAUAAAGACAAGAACUAUGAGGAGUGCAUUACAGAUGGAGAAGGAAAACCGUGGUGUUCCACAACUAAGGAUUAUGACAAAGAUGGAAAAUGGGGAUUUUGUGGAAAUGUGGUUGGGAAUCGGGAAUCUACUAUUAUUUUCAAGUGUGAUGAAAAUGCUGGCGAAGGCACCCCUCAGCUUUUGAGUGAGACACUUGGCUGUGCUGUGACAUUUGAGUGGAAGACGCAGGUGGUUUGUCCUCCACAGAAGAUGGAAUGCAAGUUUAUCCAAAAGCACAAAACAUACGAUUUGAGAGUGCUUUCUUCCCUUACAGGAUCUUGGGUCUUCUCCUAUGAAGGGAGCUCGUAUUACAUGAAUCUUUGUCAGAGAGUAUAUGAAGGACCUACAGGCUGCUCUGACAGAGCUAGUAUUUGCAAAAAAAGCCAAAAUGGAGUUGUUCAGGUGCUAGGACUUGUACACACGCAGAAGCUGAAUGUGACAGAUGAUAAAGUAUAUAUUAGUUACUCCGGUGGACAAGAAUGUAGUGAAAACAAGAAAACAACAACUGUUAUAGAACUGAAAUGUGCAAAAACAGUUGGCAAGCCUGUGUUGCAAAGGAUUGAUGGAGAAAACUGUGCUUACUACAUCACAUGGGAAACGCGGGCAGCUUGUGCUGUGAAGCCACAAGAGGUGGAGAUAGUGAAUGGGACAGUUAUUAAUCCUACAUCUGGAAAAAAUUUCAGCUUGGGUGAUAUUUUUUACAAAUUAUACACCGCUUCUGGGGAUAUACGGACAAAUGGUGACGCAUACGUGUAUGAAAUUCAGCUUUCUUCUAUAACUGACUCGGCGCACCCACAGUGCUCUGGAGCAAACAUAUGCCAAGUUAAAACUAACAGCCCUUACCAAAGAAGAGUUGGCUCGUCCAAUAAAGCCAAAUACUAUAUUCAAGAUAAUGACUUGGAUAUUGUGUUUUCGUCUGACUCGCAGUGCGGUAAAGAUAGAUCCAAGUUUGUCUCCUCAACAAUCUUCUUCCACUGUGAUCUGCAGGCAAAGGAAGGCAUCCCUGAAUUCCUCCAUGAGACAUCAGAUUGUCAGUACUUAUUUACAUGGUACACAUCUGCAGUCUGUCCAUUAGCAAUGUCUGAGGUUCCAGAAAGCAAUGAGGGUCAGAUUGACCAGGAAGCACAAAUUCAUAAAGGCCUUUCAGGAAGAAGUCAAGCAGUUGGCGCUGUGCUUAGUGUCCUCCUGGUGGUUCUCACCGUGUGCCUGUUGAUUCUCUUGUUUUACAAAAAAGAAAGGAGAGAAACUGUGAUGCACAAGAUAACCAACUGCUGCAGAAGAACAUCAAGUGUUUCCUAUAAAUAUACAAAGGUAAACAGUGAAGAAGAAGCUAAUGAGAAUGAAACAGAGUGGCUUAUGGAGGAAAUUGCUGCGCCAAAUCAGAAACCAGGAAAAGGAGGACAAGAGAAUGGGCAUAUCACCAAAUCCGUUACAUCGGAAGCCUUUACCUCUCUCCAUGUGGAUGACAUGGACAGUGAGGAUGAAGUUCUAACCAUUCCAGAUGUAAAGGUUCAUUCGGUGAGAGGGCCACAGUCCAGAGGCUCGGACAAGAACAGGCACCAGCAGAAGAAGCCACCUAGCCAUGGAAGGGAUGACAAGGCCAGCUUGCUGAAUGGAGGGAAGGAAAGCAAAACAGCAGCCAAGUUGCCAAGUCAUCAGACGCAGGACUCUCUGAAUUCAGUAUCGUUCCAUGAUGAUAGUGAUGAGGACUUGUUGAAUGUUUAAAAUAACCCCUCUUGUGCCUAAUUAAAUAUAUAGAGAGAUUAUAUAUAGCGGGACAAUAAAACACUUCCAACCAAAUAUGAAGACUUCAGCUUGAGAGAGAGAGACUACUCUGACUUUUGCCUUUAACAAGAAAAUAUUUAAAAGGGAAGGACAAAAAGACUAGUCCUGGUUGUUUACAAUGGUCUGUUCAGUAAUGACUGGAUAUCCAGCAUCCAGUUGACUGAGUUAUAUUGAUUCUCCUUUUCUUCUCUAGCCAGGAUUUUCUCUUUUAAAAUCCUCACCAUAGGCAGUAGAUGCUUGUUUAAAAAAAUCCUUUCAAAGGAUGGGAUUAAAUCUGAAUGAAGUCCCUGACUCUUGAGAUUCAAGUUAUUUGACUAGUAUUUUAACUCUCUCCUUGUAUUUAUUGACCCUCACUACUCAGGUUUGCUGAAUCAUAGCAACAUGUUCUUCCUGCCGGCAGGGUAUUAAUCUUACAGAUUCACCCAUCAUGAAAAAAGUGUAAUUUUUGUGUCUAUUAGGGAUGGUUUGUAAAUUUUGGAACUGAUCUAACUUAUCCUGUAAAUUUGAAUACUCCAUUCUAACUUUAAACAGAUUAUUGACUUUAAAGGUGUUUUACUUGAAAGGUACAACUCUGUACAGAGGUCGCCUGAAAUGGUAGCUGUGCUUUGCAUGAUAUUUUGGUAUUGGUUACAUGACUUAUUUUAUCAGUAUUUGCUGACAAACACCCAAAGAUGUCCCUUGACAGUGUUUGGGCAGGGUUGUGCCUGUCCAGCUGUAACCUGAUCAUUCAAGGUAGUGAAUUCAGGAUUCCUGGAAGACCAUCUUUGCCACCCUGUAAUUUCUUCUGUCUUAAGCAAAAUGCCCAAGAAAUAGAGAAGCCUUAAUUUGCACAAUAUGCAUCUCUUUGGUACUAAUUGCAUGAAGAACGGCCAUUUCUGUAGCAUUAGAUCCAACUUUAGAGCAUAGACUAAGGCCCUACUCAUUGAAUUUAAAAUGUUGCUGGUACUGAACAGAGGAAAAAAUCCAUCUCCCUAUACGAGUCUGCUCCUCAAGUGUGUUGGAUUACUUUUUUGGGCAGUGAGAUGGUUUCAUUUGCAUAAGGUACAUGUUGGUCAAUAUCUGAAAAUAUUUGUUCCUCUUUUUGGUUGGUCUGUUUGGUUACCACAUUGAUUGGUUCUUUUCUAAGGUUAUCCAUUUGGAAUCAAAUUUAGUGUAAUAGAAGAACACUCAGUAAUUUCAAUAAAAGAUUAAAUUAUUAAA